AUGGGGAUUUUCCAUCUUUCAAAUUUCAUGCAGUUGCCUGGGACAGCUCCUGUUGAGGAAACUGAGCCAGGAACAGCUGGUAUCAACUGUUGCACCUGUACCUGCCACAAUGAGAAGUUGCAUAAGAUCUUUUCAGAUACCUGUCUAAUUGGUCCAUGUUUCUGAAUUCUUCCUUGUAACCUUCGCAAGCAGACAAAAUGAAGUUGAAGCAUAACAUCAACCCUAUUCUUCUACAGUUUAUAAACUUUGUAAUUUUGGUGUACACCUUUGUAACAUACAUUCCGUGGUACAUAUUUUCAGGGUCAAGGCAGGCUAUAGCAAAAGCCAAGCAGGUUAAAGCUAAACCUGUGAAUAACAAGCCUGGGGCUGCGUACAGAUCUGUUAACAGUCUACAUUGCUUAGCUUCAGUUUUAUAUCCUGGGUGUGAUACACUUGACAAAGUUUUUAAAUAUGCCAAAACUAAAUUUAAGGACAGAAAGCUCUUGGGAACACGUGAGAUCCUAAAAGAGGAAGAUGAAAUCCAGCCAUCAGGAAAAGUUUUUAAAAAGGUCAUCCUUGGCAAGUACACCUGGCUUUCAUAUGAAGAUGUAUACAUUAAAGCUGUUAAUUUUGGAAAUGGCUUAGCAGUAUUGGGUCAGCAACCAAAGACUAACAUUGCUAUCUUUUGUGAGACUAGAGCUGAGUGGAUGAUUGCAGCACAAGCCUGUUUCAUGUGCAGCUACCAGCUUGUUACUCUAUAUGCUACUCUGGGAGGCCCAGCAAUAGUACAUGGACUGAAUGAAACAGAGGUGACCACCAUCAUUACUAGUAAAGAAUUGAUGCAAACAAAGCUGAAGGAAAUUGUUUCUCAAGUUCCACUGCUGCGACAUAUUAUUACAGUGGAUGGCAAACCAACAACAUGGUCAGAGUUUCCCAAGGGUGUCAUUGUUCAUACUAUGGCUUCUGUGCAAGCUAUGGGGGCCAAGGCAGAUACUAGAAACAAACAGCAGGCCAGGCCUGUGCCCUCAGAUAUUGCAGUGAUCAUGUACACAAGUGGAUCCACAGGAGUUCCCAAAGGAGUUAUGAUCUCCCACUGCAACAUAAUUGCUGGGAUAACAGGAAUGGCUGAGAGGAUUCCAAAUCUGGGAGAAAAAGAUAUCUAUAUUGGCUAUUUGCCUCUUGCCCAUGUUCUGGAGCUGAGUGCUGAACUUGUGUGUCUGUCUCAUGGAUGCCGCAUUGGUUACUCUUCACCUCAGACACUAGCUGACCAGUCAUCUAAAAUAAAGAAAGGAAGCAAAGGUGAUGUUACUACACUUAAGCCAACCCUAAUGGCAGCUGUCCCGGAAAUUAUGGAUCGUAUCUAUAAAAAUGUCAUGAAUAAAGUGAAUGAAAUGACUACUUUCCAGCGGAAUCUAUUUAUAUUGGCCUACAACUACAAAAUGGAACAGAUUUCCAAAGGUUACACAACCCCGCUCUGCGAUAGCCUUAUUUUCCGGAAAGUACGAAUGCUGCUAGGUGGAAAGAUUCGCAUCCUGCUUUGUGGAGGAGCUCCACUCUCUGCAGCAACUCAGCGGUUUAUGAAUAUUUGUUUCUGUUGCCCUGUAGGACAGGGGUAUGGGCUAACUGAAUCAUCUGGAGCUGGAACAAUCAUGGAAGUUUGGGACUACACUACAGGGAGAGUGGGAGCACCUUUGGUCUGUUGUGAAAUCAAGUUAAUGAACUGGGAAGAAGGUGGAUAUUACAACACUGAUAAACCAUAUCCUAGAGGUGAGAUUCUUAUUGGAGGGCCAAAUGUGACUGUGGGCUACUACAAAAACGAAGUACGGACCAAAAAAGAUUUCUCCGUUGAUGAAAAUGGGCAGAGGUGGCUCCAUACUGGUGACAUUGGAGAAUUUCAUCAAGAUGGAUGUCUAAAAAUUAUUGAUCGUAAAAAGGAUCUUGUAAAACUCCAGGCAGGAGAAUAUGUUUCUCUUGGCAAAGUAGAAGCAGCUCUAAAGAGUCUUCCACUGGUAGAUAAUAUUUGUGCAUAUGCAAGCAGUUUCCAUUCUUAUGUCAUUGGAUUUGUUGUGCCAAAUCAAAAGGAACUUGCAGAACUAGCUCGAAAGAAAGGAUUUAAAGGAACCUGGGAAGAGAUCUGUAACAGUCCUGAGAUGGAAAAAGAGGUGCUGAAGGUGCUAGCUGAGGCUGCCAUGGCAGCUAAUCUGGAGAAGUUUGAAAUACCAGUAAAAAUUCGUUUGAGCCCUGAUCCUUGGACCCCUGAGACUGGUCUGGUGACAGAUGCGUUCAAGCUAAAACGCAAAGAGCUCACAGCGUACUAUCAGAUGGACAUUGAUCGAUUGUAUGGAAAAAAUGUAAAAUAAUUCCUUUUUUCUGCACCACUUUUCUACAGUGAGCUUGGAUCAAAUAGGAAAUACUUGAAUUGCCUGUCUCAGCACUUGAGAUCAACACAGGAAAGUACCAUUCCUCAUUUUCAGCUCAAACCGUUAUUUCUGAUAGCAUCACCAUGAUGACUGGCAACUUCAGUAAAAUGUUAUGGCAGCAAACCUGUGUCUGUCUCCUUUUUUCCAGUCUUCUCUGCUACUUUGUCAGUCUGUGGAUUUUACCCGAGUCUUUUUGGGAAACCAUGUUUCUGAAGCCUCAAGUUUUUAAACACUUAUAAAUCCUGUAUAAUGUUUUAUUUGUAUCUUUAAAAUUUGGAUGUAUAUAAAGAGAACUUGGCUAUAUAAGAAAUGGUUAUACUGGAGGCCUUUUUUACCUAAUUAUUUAAAGAUAAGAAGGUAUUGACGUUGUGACAUUAUAUGCAUUGAAAACGCUUGUAACAAGGUCAUUGUUGAACAGAGAACCAUGUUACUUGCUGCUGUGCUAGUUUUCUGUGUGAAUUUGAGGGAGAAAGUGUUUGACAUUCCAGCUUCUGUAAUAGACUAAUAUGUGCCUAAUGGUUACUUUUAUUUUUAUCUGAAAAUGAAAAGGUGGUCAUGGCACAGCUCUGCAUAAAGGCAGGUACUCUUGCAGGUAUUAGUUGAUGCUUGUUUAAUGCAAAAGACGCUGUUAACACAGCGGAAGUUCAACCUAAGAAUAAUCUGUCAAAUACAGAAACUCCUUUUUGACAUAGCUCAUGACCAUUUCAUCCAGUAGUUGAAUUGUGUAAAGCUAAUAUGAAAUCUCAACAUUAAUUUCACUUUUAACACUUUGUAAGUUUGACAGUGUCCCCUCCUUUUAGCAGAGGGACUGUAACAGCUUUUGUUGUUUCUCCUUAGGUUUGGACAUUACACUUGGUUUGCUCUUCCAUUGUUUGGCAAAACCCCUGUUCUGCCUAGCUGCAACCCAAAUCUAACUGGGGGGAUUUUUAAAGUCAUAAUGACAGUUAUGUUCUCGGCUCACACAGUGCCUAGCUGCCCUUUGUGCCAUUAAAAAUCUCCCUUUAAUUCUGUGUUAUUUAUAAUUUUUUUCUUUAAAAACACAUAUUUGAAGUAUUUGUCAGCUGGAGUUACUUAUGUUGCUUGGUUUGUUACACCCAGUUCUUACCUUGGGAAGGAGUUUCAAUUCCUGUUUUACUAUAGAUAUGUGAAUAUUGUUUGACAAACUAAGGGGGAUCUUUUCCUCUUCAGAGAAUGUUUAGAUUUGUUUCAGAUGUGAAUUUUAUUUUCAAAAUAUUUCUAGAAAGACUGUGUUAAGCAGGGUUACAUGAGAAUGUGAAUAGGCAUACGUCAGUCAACUUCUUGAUGGGGCAAAUAUUAAAAUGACUUUAAUUUGGA